GCAACAUCCGAUACUCAACCCUAGAAACUCGCCUCCUCUCUGAUCUGUUUGGUAACCGAGAAAAUAAUACAAGCAAUUCCCACAACCAACAAAAUCUCGAUCAAUGGCUCCUAAAACUAAAGAAAAACCAAAGCCUGCGCCGUCGCAGCCACCACCUGCCAUCGAAGACCUAUUCACCUCGCUUAACAGACAUAUUGAGCGAUCUAAAUUCAAACAAUCCGUCGAAGUCGAGCGAUCUUAUCUCGAACAAGCCGUCAAAGUCGCAGAUCAAGUUCUCUUAAUUGCGCCUGGCGAUGAGGACGCAAUGCGGUGCAAAGUGGUGGCUCUGAUAAGGGCGGACGAUAUUGAUGGAGCUCUCUCUACAAUUCAAUCGUCUCAGAAGCUCCCUAUUUGCUUUCGUUACUUCAAGGCAUAUUGCCUAUACAGGCAAAACAAGUUAGAUGAAGCAUUGGAGUUAUUGAAAAACCAAGAAAGCACUUCUGCUGCCACGCUCUUGAAAUCUCAGAUUUUAUAUCGUUUAGGAGAAAUAGAUGCCUUUGUAGAUAUAUAUGAGAAGCUUCAAAAAUCCAAGAUUGAUUGUUUAGAAAUAAAUUUUGUGGCUGGUUUGAUUUCGGCCGGAAGGGCUUCUGAAGUGCAAAAAACACUGGAUGGACUUAGGGUGAAAGCAACUAGCAGCUUUGAAUUGGCAUACAACACAGCUUGUUCUCUAGUUGAAAGGAAUAAGUACUCUGAUGCUGAACAACUCUUGUUGGCAGCCCGAAGAAUUGGUCAGGAAACACUGACUGAUGAGAACUAUGCUGAGGAUGAGAUAGAGACUGAAUUGGCUCCUAUAGCUGUCCAAUUAGCGUAUGCUCAGCAGCUCCUUGGAAACAAACAAGAGGCUAUUGGAGCUUAUGCAGACAUUAUCAAACGAAAUCUGGCAGAUGAAUCAUCACUUGCUGUGGCAGUGAACAACCUCAUUGCACUAAAGGGUCCAAAAGAUGUUUCUGAUAGCUUAAAGAAACUUGAUCGCAUCAAAGAGAAAGGCAUGCAAAACUUUCAGCUUGCUGGUGUGCUUGAGUUGAAGCUUUCAUCAAAGCAAAAGGAGGCAAUAUAUGCAAACCGAAUGCUUUUACUUCUUCAUGCAAAUAAGAUGGAUCAGGCUCAAGAACUUGUUGCCACAUUGCCAGACCUUUUUCCUGGCAGUGUGAUGCCAGUAUUGCUUCAAGCUGCUGUCUUAGUGAGAGAGAAAAAGGCUGCAAGAGUUGAAGAAAUAUUAGGGCAGCAUGCUGAGAAGUUCCCUGACCAGUCCAAAGUUGUUCUUCUGGCAAGGGCACAGGUUGCUGCUGCUGCCAACCAUCCUCAUAUUGCAGCCGAGUCCCUGGCUAAGAUACGUGAUAUCCAGCACAUUCCUGGUACUGUGGCCACCCUUGUGUCUCUUAAAGAGCGUGCUGGAGAUAUCAAAGGUGCAGCAGCUGUGCUUGACGCUGCAAUCAAAUGGUGGUUAAAUUCCAUGACCGAGGACAAUCGGCUAAGUGUUAUAAUGCAGGAGGCUGCUUCCUUCAAGCUCAGACAUGGCCGAGAGGAGGAUGCCUUCCAUCUCUAUGAGGAGCUUGUGAAAAUGCAUGGAAGCAUUGAGGCAUUGGUUGGGCUGGUCACUACAGCUGCUCAUAUGGAUGUUGACAAGGCUGAGGCUUAUGAGAAGAAGCUGAAGCCGUUGCCUGGUUUCAAGGGGGUUGAUGUGAACAGUUUGGAGAAGACUUAUGGUGCAAAGCAUGUUGAAGGCGCUGCUCAUGUUGUCCCUGAAGUACAUGAGGAAGGAAGGAGGGAGAAACCAAAGAAAAGGAGAAAGAGAAAGCCAAGGUACCCCAAAGGAUUUGAUCCUGCCAACCCUGGUCCUCCACCAGACCCAGAAAGGUGGCUCCCCAGGAGAGAGAGGUCAAGUUACAGGCCUAAGAGAAAGGAUAAGAGAGCUGCCCAAGUGAGAGGCUCUCAGGGUGCAGUUGUUAGAGACAAACAUGAAGCUGGUGCCUCAGGUACUAAUUCUAAUCCUUCCAAUUCAACAUCAAGCCAAGUUAUUAGUGCCAAAGGAGCUUCACAGAAUGCUGGACAGCAAUCCAAGGCUUCAUCCAAGUCUUCAAGAAAGAAGUCUAGGAAUUAA